AUUAUUUAUUAUGUCAAUUCUAACUUUGUAUUAGUCUAAUUCAAAAUCAGGUAUGUCUAAAGAUAGAAUGGAAGGUCCAUUUGGAACAACACCAAUUAAAUAAAUUAAAUCAUAACAAUAAGACAGAGAAAAACUUUACAAUAGUAAUAUAAUGUAGAAAGCUUUGAUUGAAUCUUGCAAGAAAAGUAAGGAGAAUAGAAUGAAUUCGCCAACAUUCAAAGUGACAGACACUAUAAUUUAAGUAUGUUUUGAUAAGAAAAUAGGCAAAUUAAGAUGCACCAGCAUAAAAAUCCGGGAAAAAGAAAGGAAUAUUUAGUGGAAUAGAUUCCUAAAUAGAUCCUUUUAGAAACGUUCAUACAUCUACAAACAAGACAAAUGUUAAAUUGAUGAUGUUUAAUGAUGGUCAUUUUAUGAAGAAAUAUCAAUAGAAAUAAACAGAUAUUUAACAAGAGAAGAACCAUAGAUAUUCAAUAAAAGUGUUUCAGUAAGAGCCAAGAUAAGAUGUGGCUCAAAAAAAAGUAAGAAAGAGCGUUCCAGGAUAACCAGUAGCAAAAGAUCCUAUCUUAUCUCCAGAUUCAAAAGUUGAUAAAAAAGUAAAAGAGUAAAUAAAUUAUAAGCUCAGAAUUUCUUGUUCUUAAAGAAAUGAACAUAAAGAAUAGAUAGAAAGUAUAAGAACAUAUAAACAUGCUAAUACAUCUUUGGGAUUUCGUGGAAGUGUUUAAGAAGGGUAAAAGAAUGAUGUUAGUCCAAUAAAAAUGAGAGAAAGUAAUACAUAUAAAAGUGAUAUGAAUAAUAUAUUAACUUCAGAUGAGAACUAUUUAAAACUUGUAAUUUUAGAAUAUAUAUAUUGAUAGUUUUCUCGAACUGAUUAUAAAGGAAGUGAUAAUAUUAAGAAAUCAAAGAAACUUUGCUUGAAAAUGGAUGUUCCUAGACCCAUAUCAGCAUUUGCUUUAUACGAAAAGUGA